AUGGCAACAAGUGAAAAACAUGGUCAUGGAGAAGAAAAGGCAAAAGAAGUUUUUGUCUGUCAGAAUUGCAAAUUCUCAGCUCAUUACGACUACUUUGGAAGAAAACCGCCUUUUUCCAAGUCUUUUGUAUUGAUGGAGGAAGCAUAUGUUGUUAAGGAUCCAUUCAGUGCAGAUGGAGGAAUGAUAACACUUGGGUCUAGCUGUAGCUGUUGUGGAGCCAGGGUUUGUCUUUCACAGGGUUGCAGUUUAUUUUACACAAAGUGCUUUUGUCUAACUUGUGUAAAAAGAAACAUGAAAGAAUUUCCUUCAGAGAUAAUAGAGGAAUUGACAAAGAAAAGAAAGGAGUGAUGCAGAUAACGGAGAAUAAUGCCACUUCAAUAUCAACUGUCUUGUAGCUGGAACAUGUACAGUAAAACGGAAGGGAACCAAGGGAAUGUGCAACAACAUUGAUAGAUUGCCACUAACCAAUUUUAAUAGAAAGUACAGCGAGAUUGCAUUCUUUAACGUAACUUUUGGAAUGUUAUCUCCGAUGUUUUUUGCCACGUAAGACCUUGAUUGGGCAUUAUGGCAGAUGAUCCAAUUAUUGAGUUUUACUGGCUUAAACAUCUGAUGUUUAUUCUGAUAUCUUAGUGAUCAAGCUGAUAUCAUAGAACGAUUAGGAAAUUCGUUUAUCAGUCCUGUUGAUGGAAGAAUAUUAAUUAGUUACUACGGGGCUAUUCUAGGAGGAAGAAUAACAAAGCAUUAUCUUUUGUUUCUUUGCUUUAUGUUUUUGUAAAGUUAACAAUAAGUGUGUUACAUGCAAAUUAUAAUUUGCAAGGAAGAGAUUAGCUAGCAUUAAAAGGUAUUAAUAAUUUUAAAACACAUUUCUCUAUGUAGAAAUGUAAUGAAAUAUGACAAUGAAUUUAUAUUUGAAAGUAAUAAAUUAAUGUGCUGUAAUCAUUCAAUUGUACUGUUAACUUAUUUGGGAAAAUGUGUUCGUAAAUCAAAUGUCCCUGAAUCUAUUCUAAUCU